GAGGGGGGAGGAGGAGGAGGAACAGGAAGGAGAGGAGGAAGGAGCAUCGGCAGCAGGACACAUAGACAGACUGUCGGCGGAUCACGGAGCCUCCGCCGCCGCCUCUGAGCUGCUGCAGCCGGACACAGAAGCAGCAGACCCGGCCGCACACACGGAGCCAUGGCCGCUGAAGGCAGCCGAUCCACGGCCUGCACCGGCUCCAGCCUCCUGCAGCCGGUCAGCGAGAUCACCAACCUGCCGCUGGACCAGGUAAACUUUGUGGUGUGUCAGCUCUGUGCUUUGCUGUCAGCCUUCUGGUUUCGUCUCUUCCUUCAUCCCAGGAAAACCAGUCCCUUCAUCAGGCACGUGGUGGCGACUGUACUGGGACUGUACUUCGCUCUCUUCUGCUUCGGCUGGUACGCCCUUCACUUCCUGGUUCAGAGUGGACUCACCUACGGCAUCAUGAUCCUGACCGGAGUCGAACACAUGCACAAGUACUGCCUCCUGGUGGCUCUCAGCUAUCUGAGUCUGUGUCAGAUCACUCGAGUCUACGUCUUCGACUACGGCAUGUACUCUGCUGACUUCACAGGCCCCAUGAUGGUCAUAACGCAAAAGAUCACCAGCCUGGCGUUUGAAAUCCACGAUGGAAUGGCACGAAAAGAGGAACAUCUGACUCCAGGACAGAAGAUUCUGGCGAUAAGGAGGAUGCCCAGUCUGCUGGAGUACUUCAGCUACAACUGUAACUUCAUGGGGAUCCUGGCCGGACCCACCUGCUCCUAUAACGACUACAUCGCCUUCAUCGAGGGAGACCCCCGUCGCCAUAGAGACCAGGAGGCCGACAGGAAGUACAACGGCAAGCUGAGGCAGAGCGAGCCCUCGCCAAACACGGAGGUCGUCCGUAAAGUGGCCACCUCCUUCUUCUGCCUCCUGGUCUUCCUGUCGGUGUGUAAAGUUUUCCCCGUGGAGCGAAACAUCGACGACGACUUCAUCGCCAACACGCCCUUCUACGGUCAGGUGGUCUACCUGUACCUGUCCAUGCUGACCACCAGACCCAAGUACUACUUCGUCUGGACGCUCGCUGAUGCCAUCAACAACGCCGCCGGCUUCGGCUUCAACGGCUACGACGAUGACGGCUCUCCUCGCUGGGAUCUCAUCUCCAACCUGAGGAUCCUCAACAUUGAGUUAGCUACCAGCUUCAAAGUUUUCCUCGACAACUGGAACAUUCAGACAGCACACUGGCUCAAAAGGGUGUGUUACGAGCGAUGUCCCUACCACCCGACAGCAGCCACCUUCAUCCUGUCGGCCAUGUGGCACGGAGCUUAUCCAGGCUACUACCUCACCUUCCUCACCGGCAUCGUCGUCACGCUGGCUGCUAGAGCGGUGCGACACAACGUUCGGCCAUACUUCCUGCAAUCACCCACCCACAAACUAGUCUACGAUGUCAUCACGUGGGCGGCCACUCAGAUCGCCAUCUGCUACACAGUGGUGCCUUUUAUCCUGCUGUCCGUGGGUCCGUCCGUCAGGUUUUACAGGUCCUGGUACUGCGGCCUCCACAUCGGCUGCAUUCUGCUGGCAGUGGCGUUGCCGGUCAAACCGAGACACCUCCGCCUCAAAGACCAGCAGAAGAACCUUCUCCAGGAGCCUGUCCAGCACCGCCUGGAGGCCACAGACAGCAACUGCAGCCAGAAGGAAAAAACCACAUGAGGACAAAGAACAAUCGCGUACAACAUUAUAUUUCCAUUAACUUGUAUAGAAAGACGAGGAGGUGAACCAUAUCCAACGGACCUUCCUCCUGUCUGGGGUACAGAAACAUGAUGGUCAUGACAUCAAGUUAAAAUACUGUAUUAUUUGGAUUCACAGGACGAAAAGAGGCCCUGAAUUUUGAAGGCCUGUGUUGUAUUUCAUGAAGUGUUUUCCCACAAAACCACGUCUUUACAAGGAGGAUAGCAUCUGGACUGAAACUCCGACAGCCAACAGAAGGGACCGUGUUUUGGGUCAGGUGGCAGGUUCAGAAGAAUCUGCGAUGGAGGAGGAUAUAUAUAUAAAUACAUAUAUAUGCUGUAACUUCACACGGAGCAGCUGCCCUGAAGUGUCGUGGCCACAUGUGUAGUGUUGAACUGACUCGGCUUUCUUUCUGUAUGUCUGCAGAAAUGAAUGAAUAAAGGGAGGAAUAAAUGAAAGGAUGAACAGGGAAACGACUGAAGGGAUGAUUAAACGAGUACAUGAAUGAAUGAAAGCAUGUUAAAGAAAAGUCCAUUAUAUGAGAAGACAGAAGGAGCGAGUGGACGGCUAAAUGUGAGUCGGGUAAAAGAACGAAUGAGCAGGCCAGACAGUUUGCGUUGAACAAAGAAGCAGAAGGUUGAAAGGAUGUUUUCUCCUCCCAGGCCGUGUUAUAAUCUCUUAAACCAUCACAGUAUUCAUAGGAAUGAGUUUGGAGAAAGUGCCAAUGAUUAUUCCACUCAGUCGCCUUAGUUGUUUUGUUUUUUUACAAGAAAAAGCAAAGUGCUACUUUGCAGAUCAGUAUUUCCUCCUGACGUGUGAGUGGCGAGGACGGCGUCGUGUUUACAUUCGUAGAUGUCAGUUAUUGUCAAGUUGUUAUUUAUGUAAUUCCAAACAGACUUGUGGUUUGACGUAAGACGUGUGGAGAUUCAGCGUGACAAAACUGUACGAGACUCAAAUUCCCUGAUGUGAACUGAAAUGCUAAAAGGAUCGCAGAACAGCAGGAAGUUUAAUGAAGGGGCUAGCUUAUUCGGUUCAGCUAAUGUUUAGUUUAGAAGCUAAAACUGUUUGGUUCAGGUUAGCUAAUGGUUCAAUUUAGCAGCUAAAAUAAUCUAGUUUAGGGCAGCCAACGUCUCAGUGUAGCAGCUAACACCGGUUUAGGUAAUCUAGUUUGGUUCUGCUCAUGCGUUAGUUUUGAAUCUAAAAAAGUUUGGUUCGGGUUAGCUAACGGUUCAGUGCUAAAACAGUUUUGUUCAAGUUAUUUAAUGGUUAAGUUUAACAGACAAAACAGUUUAGAUCAGGUUAGCUAAUGGGGCAUUUAAGCAACUAAAACAGUUGGUUCAGCUAAUGGUUCAGUUUAGAGGCUAAAAGGUUUGGUUCAGGUUAGCUAACAGCUCAGUGACAAAGCUCAAACAGUCACAGUUUGGUUUAGUUAAGCUAAUGGGUAGUUUAGCAUGUAGUUUGCUUCAGAUUAGCUGACACUUCAUUGAAGAAGCUAAACCAAUCGGUUCAGGUUAGCAAAUGAUUCAGUUGAGUGGCCAAAAAACAGUUUUGUUCAGGUUAGCUAAAAAAGUUUGUUUGGGGUUAGCUAACAGCUCAGUGUAGAAUCUAAACCAGUUAGUUCAAGUUAGCUAAUGGUUCAGCUAAGCUAAAAACAGUCGAUACAGGUUAGCUAACAGGUCAAGUUCAGCCACCGUUUGCUAAAGUUUCUCUCCAGCAGCUACAAAAGUGAAUAAAAUGAAAUGAUUCUCUCCUUAAUGUUACUCCAUUAUUUAAUUUUUAAAAAAUGACGCAUCAUGCAGUGGUUAUGUAGCCCAGUGUACGUUCAAUUAAAUUCUGUUAUCACUGUUAUUGUCUUUUACUAAUUUUCCAUGACUCCUCUUGGUGUUUUUCAUCAGUGUUUAAGAGAACUGGUUAGGAGCGAAAGAAGGACUCGGAUUCAUGACUUCCCUCCGCUAACAGCUUUGUGUUUGUCGUCGAGUCUCCUUCGCAAAAUCAGGAAAGCACAUUUCUUAAUUUUCCUGUAUGUUUUCCUGUUUCCACAUUUGUAUUUUUAGCGUUGUGUUUCUUUCUUCAAAUUUCAUUGAUGAGGAUGUGGCUUUGCUGACGAAUAGAGGCGACAGUGAUUAUUUGAGAUGAUAUACAACAAUUAAUGUUCUGACACCCGACCAGCCACCUGUAGGUCUGAUAUGGACGAUAUGUUUGUUUGUUUUUUGUAAAUUAUGUGAUUAAACCUUGGAUUUUUUUGACACUUGA